AUGGUCGAGCGCGCGCUGGUGGAGGUGGCCAAAACCGUCUCCGGCGAGAUCCAGGCCGCGCGGCGGGUGUUUCGCCAGAUUCUGCGCGACGUCCGGGCCGACGUCGCCGCCCCGCGGGAGUUCGUCCUCGCCCUCCCCGACGACUUCCGCUUCGAGGUCAACCUCGCGAUUCGGAUUCUGCACCGGAUGGACCUGCGCAGCACGCGGGACCUGACCCAGCUCCUCUUCGUCGUCUUCGCCGAGACCGGCUGGGCGGAGCCGCGGGAGCUGACGCUGCUUUGGCACGCCGUCCAGGCCUAUUUGCACGACAUCUCGCAGAUCACCCAACAUCUGCCCGACCAGGUCCUCAUCCCCCUCCCGUCCUCCGUCUUCACGCUGCUGAACGGCUUCUGCGAGUACCACAUCUGCGAGUCCCGCCGCUCCGGGACGUCGGUUGGCGGGAGCACGCAGACCUCCACCACCAACCUGCGCGACCUGACGGAGCGGUUCAUGGCGGGGAUGGUCUCCGUCGAGCCCUCGCCGAUCUCCGAGAAGGCGAUGAAGGCCGUCAUCGAGGACGGCAAGCACGAGGAGCGCAACGCGAUCCGCAAGGGCGCCUGCCGGGUCGAGGAGCGGCGCUACCUGCCGAGGUCGGUGCGGAAGUUUAUUGAGGCGAACCGCUCCACCCUCAACACGUUGUUGUACUGGGAUUCGACCUUGCUGGACUCGACCCUGCCCUACCUCAAGUCCGAGCCGAGCCUGAUCGAUUUCACCUUCAAGUUGAACGAGUUCCGCACCCGGAUCGACAUCGAGUCGAACCCGCACAUCAAAAUCGUCGUCGACCGCAACCGCUGCCUGGAGGACAGCUUCAACGCGCUCAAGAAGGUCAAAACCUUCAAGGCCCCUCUGCAGGUGCAGUUCCGCAACGAGGAGGGCGCCGACGCCGGCGGCCUCCAGCGCGAGUGGUUCCAGCUCCUCUCCAACGCCUUCGUGAACGAGAGCUACGCCCUCUUCAUCCACACCCGCGAGGGCCUGACCUACCAGCCCAACCCCUUCUCCGACAUCAACGCCUCGCACCUGGAGUACUUCCACUUCGUCGGGCUGAUUUUGGGCAUGGCCAUCACGCACAACGUCGCGCUGGACAUCCACUUCACGCGGGCCGUGUACCGCCACCUGAUCGGCGUCCAGCCCGUCUUCCAAGACCUCAGCAGCGUCGACCCCGAGCUCCACGCCAACCUCCGCUGGCUCCUCGAGAACGACGUGUCGGAGCUGGGCCUGAGCUUCGCCGUCAGCGCGGACCGCUUCGGGGAGGUUUUGGAACACGACCUCCAGCCCGGCGGGCGACAUCUGCCCGUCCACAACGACAACAAGGCCCAGUACGUCCGCCAGCUCUGCGAGUUCCACAUGACGACCCGCACCGCCCCCCAACUCACCAGUCUGCUCACCGGCUUCUACACGGUGAUCCCGCGGGAGGCGAUCCGCAUGUUCACGGAGCUGGAGCUGGAGCUGGUGAUCUGCGGCUUCGUCGACUACGACGUGGAGGACAUGCGGGGGAAUACCGCCUACCAGGGCUACACCGCCGCCUCCCCGCAGGUUCGGUGGUUUUGGGAGGUCGUCGGGGGGAUGUCCAAGGACGACCGCGCGAAUCUGCUGAUGUUCGCGACAGGGUCGUCGAAGCUGCCGCUCGGCGGCUUCGCCAAGCUCGAGGGCUCCGGGGGGAUGACGCAGUUGUUCACCAUCGGCCGGUGGUCCGGCUCGCCGGAGCUGCUCCCGCAGGCCCACACGUGCUUUAACAAAAUAAACCUCCCCGAGUACCCCACGGCGGAGAUCCUGCGCGAGAAGCUGAUGCUCGCGAUCACCUACGGCCAUAUGGGGUUCGGCAUGCUAUAA